AUGGAAGAUGCCAUAGACGUGCUCAAGAGCAACGCGAGUGUGUAUCACCAGAUCCCCUGGCCGAAAGAGGGCGUGGAGUUUACGGUGUCCUCCUUGGUGAAUACGUCUAAGGGGCAGGCAAACACGAGUCUGUCGUUCAAUGAGGAUGACCAAGUCAUCACGAGUGUGCCGGACGAGGAGGGUGUAGAGGUUUUGGCCCCGGGUUUCGGUCGGUACCGGUACUGUUUAGAUCACGUGAGGAAGCCGAGUCUGGUGCGCACCCGCGUGACAAUGAUAGACAUGAACCCAAGCGCGAAGCCGGAGAUCCUCAAAGGUUACCGCGUGCGCGUUUUCGGGAACCGCAAUGGGCAGCUGCUCGCCUGUCGCGACGUGGGGGUACUCGAGAGCCCGGCGGAGCAAUUGCAGAUCACCCAGCAAGACACCACGGAGGAAGAGCGCGAAAAGUACACUCUCGCCAUUCAAAAAAAAAUGCGAAAACUCGACAUCGGCGCACCCAAGUUCUGCCCUCUUGACAAACCCUCCAAACUGCCCCCUCUCGCUCGCCUUGGUCCGCCCGCGAAAAUGCUCCUCGCCGGCGAAGUCGUCCACGAACUAUUUGCCGAAGUUGAUGUCGCCGACUUCCGUAAACUCGGGGUCAACCUGCCCACCCCCGACGGCACCAUCUCCGACGGCGCUACCCCCUACGGCACCACCCCCCAGGGGGUUACGCCCCAGGGGGUUACGCCCCAAAGAAUCACUCCCAGCAUGCCCGGCGACGCAACCGGUGACCAGAACGCACAGCAACCUGGCCCGCAGCAACCUGGCCAACAGUUGGGACAGCACAACAAUCUGCACGUGCAGCCCCAGGCGGCGGCGAAGGAGCUGGGACAGCAGCUGCGGAGAGAGCGGCAGGAACUACAGGCACAGGCGCCGGCGCCUAGGACCAAUGAAAGUGUAGUGGCGGUCUUAGAGCGCGCUGCACCAAGGAAAGAGUUCCGGAAGACGCGGCAGCCCCGGACCCGGGACGAGGGGACGCCGCCGCCCACUUACAAUGCGCGCCAAGUCGUCGAUGAUGCAGGCAACUGGCUAGCCAAGCAAAUCAAACAGGCGGCAGGCAUCCAGGAUAGGGCCGAUGUGUUCCCCAACACAGCCCCGCCCCUCAACCCAGUGUCCAAGGAAACAAUGUCCAAGGAAACAAUGUCCAACGAUCUAGUGUUCAAUGACACAGUGUUCGAUCCAAUACUUGCCGUAGGCGCUAAAAUUGGUGACCAAAUUCUGUACGCAGAACAAAGUCUCUACGCAGACCAAAGUCUGUACGUAGGCCGAAGUCCGUAUGCAGACGGUCACCGCCCAGAAGAUCUUGACCGUGGUGGAGGUGGUCGAGGGCGACGGGGGGGCCGAGGUGGUCGAGGGGGGGACCGAGGUGGUCGAGGGGGGGACCGAGGUGGUCGAGGCCGGGACAGGAGUGGUCGGUCUGAUGACCGAGGUGGUCGCUCUAGUGACCGAGGUGGUCGCUCUAGUGAUCGAGGUGGUCGCACUAAUGAUCGAGGUGGCCGAUCUGGGGCCCGAGGGGGAGGCAGAGGUGGUCGAGCCGGAGCCGGAGCCGGAGACAGAGGUGGGGAAGAACGCCCAGCCACGGAGCGCCGAACUCGGUGUCAACAGCAUCAAGAUCGUGGCGUUGCCAAUUACGGACUCGAAGCCAAACCACAAGAAGGUGGUCCUAGCCGACCUCAAGCGCCCUCUACUCCAGCAACCUCCGCACGAGGAGGCUCCACUCGAGGAAGAGGGGGACGACCUCGCGGAGGUCGCGGCAGGCCUGGCAGAUCCUGA